UGUAGUCUUUGCGGCGGUCUCUACAGAUCUCCGGGAAAGAAGAGUACUACAACUCCCGUGAGGUCGUGCGGAAACAGGCCCGUGCAUCCUCCCGCCAAGCGCGUACCCCAAGCUGAAGCUGGAGGGAGCAGGGGUCCUGCACGCGCGCCCGGGUCCCCGGAGCGAGCUCUGAAGCAGCGUGCUGGUAGCGGCCUUGGCAGCUGAGCGAGAAAAGGAGACGCGUGGGAGUGUGUGAGGACUGUUAACAAGGAUAAGACGCGUGGCAAGAAGCAAAUUAAAAAAAAAAAAAAAAAAGGCCGCGCCACAACCCAUCACACCCCAGCAGAUCCUAACUUAUGUUACUGCGAAGGCACCGGGAUCGUACUCUCCCGCUGGUGCCUCACGCCCCAAGGACUUAAAUCAGCUGGGGCGGGAAAGGGUGGGGCCAGUGGCGCGGGAGGCGGGGCGUACAGCGGCGAGGGCGGCGGCGACGGCCGAGACCCAGACAUCGGGGACUGUUGUUGUUCUCUCGCCGCCGGACCGCCUCAGUCCGUUGGCCCAGAAAGAGACCCGGAGCUAGUCUGGUGGGGAGCGGGUGGCCGAAUCCCCCGUCUUUCCUGCUUCCGCAAAGCUGCGGCAGGAGCUGGUUCAGACACCUUGCGGUUGGUCUCCGAUGCCCUUCAGUGAGGAGGGGGCGUCAGAACCUUGGUGAGCGCAUCUCAGCCCCACCCCCAACUCCGUGUCUUCGCCGGCCCCCAGGCCCUCACACCUCAGUCCGGCUGCCAUGGCUGAAAACGCGGAGGGAGACCUGAACUCCAACCUGCUCCACGCCCCCUACCAUACCGGUGAUCCUCAGCUAGACACGGCCAUCGGGCAGUGGCUCCGUUGGGAUAAGAAUCCCAAAACAAAAGAGCAAAUUGAAAAUCUGUUACGGAAUGGGAUGAACAAGGAGCUACGAGAUCGUCUUUGUUGCCGAAUGACUUUUGGGACGGCGGGACUUCGUUCUGCUAUGGGGGCAGGAUUUUGCUAUAUUAAUGACCUUACAGUAAUACAGUCAACACAGGGAAUGUACAAAUACCUUGAGAGAUGCUUCUCAGACUUCAAGCAGAGAGGCUUUGUCGUCGGGUAUGACACCCGGGGUCAAGUAACUAGCAGCUGCAGCAGCCAGAGACUUGCUAAACUCACUGCUGCAGUCUUAUUGGCCAAAGAUGUUCCUGUGUACCUUUUUUCAAGAUAUGUUCCUACGCCUUUUGUACCAUAUGCGGUCCAGGAGCUCAAAGCAGUUGCAGGUGUGAUGAUUACUGCUUCUCACAACCGCAAAGAAGACAACGGGUACAAGGUUUAUUGGGAAACUGGUGCCCAGAUCACAUCUCCUCAUGACAAAGAAAUUCUGAAAUGUAUAGAAGAAUGUGUGGAACCUUGGAAUGGUUCCUGGAAUGAUAAUUUAGUGGAUACCAGCCCACUGAAGAGAGAUCCUCUGCAGGACAUUUGCAGAAGAUACAUGGAAGAUCUUAAAAAGAUCUGUUUUCACAGGGAAUUAAAUUCAAAGACCACCUUGAAAUUUGUACAUACAUCUUUUCAUGGGGUCGGACAUGACUAUGUGCAGCUGGCUUUUCAAGUGUUUGGUUUUAAGCCUCCUAUUCCAGUACCAGAACAAAAAGAUCCUGAUCCAGACUUUUCUACUGUUAAAUGCCCAAAUCCUGAAGAAGGAGAAUCUGUGCUGGAACUUUCUUUGAGACUGGCAGAGAGAGAAAAUGCCCGGGUAGUGCUAGCCACAGAUCCUGAUGCAGACCGACUGGCAGUAGCAGAACUUCAGGAGAAUGGUCAUUGGAAAGUUUUCACAGGGAAUGAGUUGGCAGCUUUGUUUGGGUGGUGGAUGUUUGAUUGCUGGAAGAAAAAUAAAUCAAGAAAUGCUGAUGUGAAGAACGUUUAUAUGUUAGCCACCACAGUCUCUUCCAAAAUUUUGAAGGCAAUUGCACUUGAAGAAGGAUUUCAUUUUGAAGAAACAUUACCAGGUUUUAAAUGGAUUGGAUGUAGGAUAAAAGACCUCCUGGAAAAUGGAAAAGAAGUUCUUUUUGCAUUUGAGGAGUCAAUUGGUUUUCUGUGUGGAACUUCAGUUUUGGACAAAGAUGGGGUGAGUGCAGCCGUUGUUGUUGCUGAGAUGGCAGCUUACCUGGAAACCAUGAACAUAACAUUGAAACAACAACUGAUUAAGGUUUAUGAAAAAUAUGGUUAUCACAUUUCAAAAACGUCCUAUUUCUUGUGUUAUGAUCCGAUUACCAUCAAAAGUAUAUUUGAAAGGCUUCGCAAUUUUGAUUCUCCAAAAGAAUAUCCAAAAUUUUGUGGGACAUUUGCUAUAUUGCACAUACGGGAUGUUACCACUGGAUAUGACAGCAGCCAGCCUAAUAAGAAAUCAGUGCUGCCUGUGAGUAAAAACAGCCAAAUGAUUACAUUUACUUUUCAAAAUGGCUGUGUGGCUACUCUUCGGACAAGCGGGACAGAACCCAAGAUAAAGUAUUACGCAGAGAUGUGUGCAUCACCAGAGCAGAGUGACACUGCCUUACUAGAAGAGGAAUUGAAGAAACUCAUUGAAGCUCUGAUUGAGAAUUUUCUUGAGCCCAGUAAAAAUGGACUGAUCUGGCGUUCUGUCUAGUGCACACCAGUACAUCAUUUCUUUGCACUGGCACAUGGAACAGAACAGCAAAGAACUCCAUGUGUUGACGUCAUAUGAGCAUUCUCUCCCUAUCUCCUCUGGCCAAGUAUCCUUUUACUUUUAUUUUCUUUCUUUUGGUUGGCUGACUAAACAAACUAUCAAUUUGAAAUGCAAUGGUCUGGAGAGAAAUGAUUCAAAUUUUUUCAUAAUCUUGAACAAAAGUCAUUGCAUUAAUAGUAUUAUAGUGACACGUUGUUCUUCCUUUAACAGAAAAAAAAACAAUACAUAAGUGAGUUUUCUUAUUUAAGUGUGAUUAAGCUUAGUUCCAUAUUAUAAUUGUGUAGAGCACGGUUUAAAAAAAAAAAAAGGCAGAUAAAUGUUAUAUAAUUGUAGAGUUUGUUAAGGAAAUUAAUCUAUAAAAUUGACAAGAAAAUGGCAUUGCUCCCAUAAUACUGUGGGAAAGUGUCAUUGUUAUGUCACAGGUAUUAACUUACAAAGUAGAGUAUUUGAAAUAGGGUAUUUGCAUUUUUAGCUUAGAACCGAUGUUACAAUAUGUGGUUUCAGCUUCUCUUUUUCAGGUGCUCUUAAUGUAGUGUGAACUUAUUGUACGUAUUUAAAAUUCUGACGUUUACUGAACGUAAAACAAUAGUGGCAAUGCUCCUAGUGGUUUCGUUCUUGUCAGAUUUCUCAGUGCCUUCUCAGGGUAUGGUAUGAAUUAAAACAGUGUUCCUGCAUUGAAUAUAAUUUAAUCAGCCAAUUUUCAGACAGUUGAGGAAAUCUUCCAAACUAUGUAGGUGCUUCCCCUCUAUAGCAAAUAAAUUUGCCCUUUAAAAAAAUUUUAUGAAUGCAAAUAAAAAUGUUAAUAAAAGCAAACUCAGUGUAACUAUACUGAAGGAUCUUCAUGUUAGAAUUCAGGGUCAGUAAUCACAGCCUUCAAGUAAAGAAAAAAAUCUGAACUGAGAAAGGAGCUCUAAAUUUAUUUAAAUGUCUAACUUUGGAAUUACAUUUUUAUAAGUAGAUUUAUUCCUUUAUCAGAUGAAGUAAUGCUAAUUUUACUAAGAAAUAAAAUAUCCAGAUUUUAGGUGUUAGAAUAACACUAAAACUACAUGUUUUAAAACUAAAUUCCAGUUUGUUCUAACAUCUUGCUGGCCACUGUAGAAUUUCUGAUCUCAAGAGUACUCUUUACCAAUUUGGAAAAAAAUUUUGGAAGGUCACUUUUGGUUGAUUCCCCAGACUUCUAAAAAAGUCUUAAUAGAGAAAUACCAUUUAAUCUUCUUAAAGUGUAUCCUGUCCUAUAUAACUCACAGAAUUAAUAAUUAAACCCAAGUGCUGUAGUUAAGAGGUAACAAUCACAAGGCCUUGUGUGUAAUUAUACUGAACAAAUAGCUAGUGGGAUAUAACUGGUAUUAGAGAAUUUAUUUCCUAAAAAAUAAUAAUAGCAUAAAAUUUAAACAUUUAUUAAAUAACAGUUUGGUUUAUUGCAGCUAUCAGCUAACAUUUGGUUGAACCCAUAUAGUCCAAGUAUAAUUUUCAAAUUAUUGUAUUGCCACUAUUGUUAAUUUGUUCCUUCCUUUCUUAUAGCUAGAUCUUGUAUCACUGUAGGUAAUAGCUAGCUAAGGGUAGAGCACCAUACUUCUGAAUGACAUUGUUUUCAAAGGCUUUGCACUAGGGAAAAUGUGUAUACUUUUUUGCUUUAUUGGCUUUAAGGAAUGUAGAAUGUAACUUAGGAGAUAGCCUAUAUUCUGCCAAGUAUUAUAAACAAUGCUAUAUAUAUCAAAAAUAUGUAUAUUUGGCUUUAGUGUCUGUGUUUCCAUGACUGAAGAACAAAGUGAAGCUAAAAUGAUAUGAUAGCCCAUUCAUAAUCACUAAAGCCAUGUCAUGAUUGUCAUUCUAUUAUAAAGAGAACAGUUUGAGUGCUUUAAUACAAUACAAUGUUUAAGUCAUCUUAAUCAAGGUGAAAAGUUAUGAAAGCUUAGGUUAUCUCAAAAAUUUAAAAAUCCAAAGUUAAAAUUAACAAAAUUUUACAAACGUUCCUGAAAUGUAUAGAUUGAGGGAAUUAUUAGAUUCUAGCCAAGCUCUCAAGUCUAUGUAAGCAUGGUAUUUUAACAUGAACUUGACAUAGUGGGUUUACAGUGGCCUAAUAGAAUAAAUCAGUGAUCCAAGUCAACCAGGAAGGGCAGAGGUGCUGGCCCAUGAGUCUCAGCCUUGGGCUCUACAUUGUUUAGCUUUUUCUUUAUGAAUUAUAUCACAAAAAUGAAUGCAUUCUCCUUGAGUAUAUAGAUCAAAACUGGGCUUCUCUAGAGUUUUGGGGAAAAGGAACAAACUAGUGGGGCAAGGUCAAAGAAUACAUUGAAAAUAAGCAGUAGAAAUAAACAAACAAUAGAAAAGUCAAUAAGAUGGCACAGGAACAACUUCUUGUGAAGGGCAAACUAACCUCUCAAAAAGGGAAUAAACUGGCUGUGGGCAAGUUAUUUAGCUGUGUUUGUUAUUAUGAUGAACAAAUAGCGAACUUUUUGCUUUCUUUCCUUUAUUAGCAACCACUAAAAAGAAGCCAAGUUUUAGGAGGUGAGAAAAAGUACCCCUCUUACUGAUUCAAUUCCUGCUAGGAUGUUGUGUCUUAGGAUCAUAUGGGAACUGGGGAGGAGAGGACAUAGCAGAAAUAAAAAGGAAUAUAAUACAAAUUGGAAAAUAAGACUUGUGAGAAAGAGUUCGAAGAAUUAAGAUCCUUUAACUCUGGGGGGGAGAAAGCUGUUGAGAUAGUUUAAUAAGUCUUCCUAAGUUAUUAGUUGAAUCUUUUAAUGAAAGGCUCAAAGUAAGAAGGAAUAUAUCAAACUAUUCUCUAUCUUCAAUGAGGACAGACUAAAAAAGAAUAAGGAUCUUUUUAAAAAAAUUAAAUAACAAAUUUAUAUAUUAAGGAAUGUACUAAAUGGAUUUUAAAGGUUCCUUCCAAUACGUUUUUUUAAAACUCAGGUUGGGACAAUGAUGAUAUCAUAGCACUGAAAGUUACAUUUGAGUUUUUGCUCCUUAUCUAGAAGAAUUUAGCUCACAAGAGAGUUUUUGUAUAUGUUGAGUAGUAGAGGCAUGAGUGCAGUCUUUAUUCACUGCAUAAAGACCUGCUCGGAUAUUAUUUUUAAUUUAACCUGGCAUAUAAGUGAGACUGGAACACCAUUUUAUUCAUCUUGAAGACUAUAUAGCAUUAUAGGAUAUUUGAGGGUUUUGUUUUAACUGUAUUGUUAUUUGGGUGUCCUAACUUCAGCAGAGAGGAAGACUCUGUAUACUCUGGGCAUAAAAGUGUGGAUCCAGUGGAAAAAGACUGGAUACUCUGGGCAUAACUUUAUAUAGGAAAUAGACCUCCUAUUUCUUAAGGAGGUUGCUUCUGGAAUUGAUCGAACAAAGGUAUUAGCUGGAGUUUAAUGGAGAAAUUGUUCUAUGAACUAUGAAUUGCUGCUAUUGGUAUUUCUUUGAGAUGUUUUCCACUGAUAUUUGUGAUGCUUGAAAAAUCCAAAUUUUGAUUGGAUAAAUUUAUUUUAUGCCUUUUUCUCUCUACCUCCCUUUUUCCCUAGGUCCCCUCCCACAUUUUGUUACUGUGAAAAGCUAUUGCCCUAUUACCUCACUGAUAAGAAAUCUUAAUUGUAUUCAUUCAGAAUGCUUUAAACAUGUUCAUAAACUAUGUUUUUU